AUGCCGUACGUCUGUCAUUCUCCUCUCAGGAAGGUGGCCAGUGUUGCCCGGUCCAGAGCGUUUCGGGAUAAGGAAGGUAAGGUGCUGCUGGAGGGGAGUCGUCUGAUCUGUGACGCUCUGUCUGCUGGAGCAGCUCCUCAGAUGCUCUUCUUCAGUGCAGUGGAGCGACUGCAGGAGCUUCCUCUAGAUAAACUACAGCAGGCCAAGCUCAUCAAGGUCAGAUAUGAAGACAUGAAGACCUGGUCUGACCUGGUCACUCCUCAGGGUGUUAUAGCUAUAUUCUCAAAACUGGAUGCCUCCCGCAUGGUGUUUCCAAAAGACGCACGUCUUCAGUCAGUUCCUUUGUUUCUGUUAUGUGACAAUAUACGUGAUGCUGGGAACCUAGGGACUAUUUUACGCUGUGCGGCAGCUGCUGGCUGUGACGGUGUUCUCCUAACCAAAGGUUGUGUGGACGCCUGGGAGCCCAAGGUUCUACGCGCAGCAAUGGGAGCUCAUUUCCGCCUUCCAGUCUUUCCUAAUUUAGACUGGGAUGAAAUUUCCAAGCACUUACCAAAGGACGUGGUUGUCCAUGUGGCAGAUAACAGUAGUAGUUUUCUAAAAGCUCCAGUUUCAAGACAAACAGAAAAUGGUACUUCGGAUGAAUACAGUGAAAGUGACUCUGAUGAAGAGUCCGAUGAACUUUCACUGCCGUGUCUGAAGCCUCAGGUGUACUUUGAGAGUUGGGCUCAGAGGAGCACGGCACUGGUGAUUGGCGGAGAGACGCAUGGACUGAGUCUGGAGGCUCUUCGAUUGGCUGAGGAAACGGAGGGCAAAAGGCUCUUUGUGCCCAUGGCUCCAGGAGUGGAGAGCCUGAGCUCUGCAAUGGCUGCUAGUAUACUGCUGUUUGAAGGCAGACGGCAACUUCUGCAGUUGUUGGAUAAAACACGGCGAAGAACAAGAUCUAAAAUCUUCUGAGUGUUUUUCUUGUAAUGUAUUAAAGAUGUUUCACCAAUACUGUCCAGUUCUCUUAUUUAUCAUUGUGCCUUUGACUAUUUUUUAACAGUCUGUCAUUUAUCCAGUAAAGGGUGAUUGUGUGUUUUCAGAGUAAAAGCAUACUGAUGACACAAAUACUGUACACUUUAAAAGGAAAAGUUCACCCAAAAAUGAAAAUUUGCUUAAAAUGUACUCAC